CUGCUCAUCCGAUUACUUCCGGGACGUUUGUGGUCAAUGGUUUUUUUCAGUGGAGUUGAAUUACAACACUGUUUUUGGUCGGUAUUAAAAUGUCCUACAACUACGUAGUAACAGCUCAGAAGCCUACGGCGGUCAACGCCUGCAUAACAGGUCACUUCACAUCUGCAGAAGACCUGAAUUUACUCAUUGCUAAAAACACACGGUUGGAGAUUUAUGUUGUCACUGCAGAAGGGCUGAGACCUGUCAAAGAAGUGGGCAUGUAUGGCAAGAUUGCUGUCAUGGAGCUGUUCAGGCCGAAGGGUGAGAGCAAAGAUCUCCUGUUCAUUCUCACAUCCAAGUACAACGCCUGCAUCUUGGAAUACAAACAGAAUGGAGAGAGCAUCGAUAUCAUCACUCGCGCCCACGGCAAUGUACAGGAUCGUAUUGGGCGACCAUCAGAAACGGGUAUUAUUGGAAUUGUGGACCCAGAAUGUCGCAUGAUUGGCUUACGCCUGUAUGAUGGGUUGUUCAAGGUCAUUCCAUUGGACCGAGACAACCGUGAACUCAAAGCUUUCAACAUCCGACUGGAGGAGCUACAGGUUAUCGACAUACACUUCCUGCAUGGCUGCCAGGCUCCAACUGUUUGCUUCAUCUACCAGGACCCACAAGGACGCCAUGUGAAGACCUAUGAAGUUUCUCUCAGGGAGAAGGAGUUCAACAAGGGCCCCUGGAAACAGGAGAAUGUGGAGGCUGAGGCAUCCAUGGUUAUCCCAGUGCCAGAACCAUUUGGGGGCGCUAUAAUCAUAGGACAGGAGUCUAUCACCUAUCACAAUGGAGAUAAAUACUUGGCUAUUGCACCACCCACUAUCAAGCAAAGCACCAUUGUGUGUCAUAACCAAGUGGAUCCCAAUGGCUCCCGUUACCUUCUGGGGGACAUGGAGGGACGUCUGUUCAUGCUGCUCCUGGAGAAGGAGGAGCUGAUGGACGGCACAGUGGUGCUCAAAGAUCUGCACGUGGAACUGCUCGGAGAGACAUCAAUUGCUGAGUGCUUGACGUACUUGGAUAAUGGGGUGGUGUUUGUCGGCUCCAGACUGGGAGACUCACAGUUAGUGAAGCUGAAUGUGGACAGUAAUGACCAGGGCUCUUAUGUGGCAGUGAUGGAAACGUUCACUAAUCUGGGGCCGAUUGUGGAUAUGUGUGUGGUCGACCUGGAGAGGCAAGGCCAGGGUCAGCUGGUAACGUGUUCUGGUGCAUUCAAGGAAGGCUCGCUUCGAAUUAUCCGUAACGGCAUUGGGAUUCAUGAGCACGCCAGCAUUGACCUGCCUGGAAUCAAAGGUUUAUGGCCACUGCGCUCUGAGGCAGGAAGAGGCACAGACGACAUGCUGGUGCUGUCGUUUGUGGGCCAAACACGAGUGCUGAUGCUGAGUGGGGAGGAGGUGGAAGAGACGGAGCUCCCAGGCUUCGUAGACAAUCAGCAGACCUUCUACUGUGGCAACGUGGCACAUCAGCAGCUCAUUCAGAUCACGUCUGGCUCUGUGCGCUUGGUGCACCAGGACAGCAAGGCGUUAGUCAGUGAGUGGAAGGAACCGCAGGCCAAGAACAUCAGCGUGGCUGCCUGCAACCACACCCAGGUGGUGCUCGCUGUGGGACGGGCCCUGUUCUACCUGCAGAUCUUGGCUGGAGAGCUCAAACAGAUCAGUACCACAGAGAUGGAGCAUGAAGUGGCGUGUUUGGACAUUACACCCCUGGGGGAGGCGGGUGGCGAGUCUCCGCUCUGUGCUGUGGGACUCUGGACUGACAUCUCGGCCCGUGUGCUCAAACUGCCCUGUUUCACCAACCUGCACAAGGAAAUGCUGGGAGGAGAGAUCAUUCCUCGCUCCAUCCUCAUGACCACAUUUGAGGGGACCUACUACCUGCUGUGUGCCCUUGGAGAUGGUGCGCUCUUCUACUUUGGUCUGGACCUGGAAACAGGUACCCUGAGUGAACGCAAGAAGGUUACCCUUGGUACUCAGCCCACUGUGCUCAGAACCUUCCGCUCCCUGUCCACUUCCAAUGUGUUUGCCUGUUCUGACAGACCCACUGUCAUCUAUUCCUCCAACCACAAGCUGGUGUUUUCCAAUGUCAACCUCAAGGAGGUCAACUACAUGUGCCCUCUCAAUUCUGAAGGUUACCCCGACAGCCUGGCUCUUGCAAACAACAGCACACUGACCAUCGGUACCAUUGAUGAGAUUCAGAAACUCCAUAUUCGCACUGUUCCCCUUUAUGAGUCUCCUAGGCGAAUCUGUUACCAGGAGGUUUCCCAGUGUUUCGGAGUGCUCUCCAGCAGAGUUGAGAUUCAGGAUGCAAAUGGAACUACGUCUGCUGUACGGCCCAGUGCAAGCACUCAGGCUCUCUCCAGCAGCGUGAGUUCCAGCAAGCUCUUCCCGAGUAGCACCUGUCCCCACGAGACCUCCUUCGGUGAGGAGGUAGAAGUUCACAGUCUUCUUGUUGUCGAUCAGCAUACAUUUGAAGUUCUGCACGCCCACCAGCUCCUCCCCAGUGAGUACGCACUCAGUAUGGUAUCGUGCCGUCUGGGUAAAGACCCUUCGGUGUAUUUUGUUGUGGGCACGGCCAUGGUGUACCCCGAGGAGGCGGAGCCCAAGCAGGGACGCAUCAUUGUCUUCCACUACACUGACGGUAAGCUGCAAACUGUGGCUGAGAAGGAGGUGAAAGGGGCCGUCUAUUCUAUGGUGGAGUUCAAUGGCAAACUGCUCGCGAGCAUCAACAGCACAGUCCGUCUGUAUGAGUGGACGGCUGAGAAGGAGCUGAGGACCGAGUGCAACCACUACAACAAUAUCAUGGCCCUCUACUUGAAAACCAAAGGAGACUUUAUCCUGGUGGGAGACCUGAUGAGGUCUGUGCUGCUGCUGGCAUAUAAACCGAUGGAAGGCAAUUUUGAAGAGAUUGCACGUGACUUCAACCCUAAUUGGAUGAGUGCAGUGGAAAUCCUGGAUGAUGACAACUUCCUGGGGGCAGAGAAUGCCUUCAACCUGUUUGUGUGCCAGAAGGACAGUGCGGCCACCACAGAUGAGGAGCGGCAGCACUUGCAGGAGGUGGGGGUCUUCCACCUUGGGGAGUUUGUCAAUGUCUUCUGCCACGGGUCUCUGGUGCUGCAGAACCUGGGAGAGAGCUCCACGCCCACCCAGGGCUCCGUGCUCUUUGGCACUGUUAAUGGGAUGAUAGGCCUGGUGACCUCACUGUCUGAGGGCUGGUACAGCCUCCUCCUGGAUCUGCAGAAUCGUCUCAACAAAGUCAUCAAGAGCGUGGGCAAGAUUGAGCACAGCUUCUGGAGGUCCUUCCACACCGAGCGCAAGACGGAACAAGCCACUGGAUUUAUCGACGGCGACCUGAUCGAGAGUUUCCUGGACCUUGGUCGAGCCAAGAUGCAGGAAGUAGUCAGCACCCUCCAGAUCGACGACGGCAGCGGCAUGAAGCGUGAAGCCACAGUGGACGAGGUCAUUAAGAUCGUGGAGGAGCUGACCAGGAUCCACUAGCUCCGCCCCC